UCAUAGAUGAUGAAGAAUUGCACAGAAGAUUUCCUCUCUACCUUGAGCCAAAUUUUCUCCUUGACAGCAGCUGUGACUCCAGAGCCUCCCUCCUGCAGCUCUCUCAUGACGCGCCACAGAAGUUUUAUGGUAGCAUUCAGUCUUAUUCCAACUCUGGAUCUCUGAGAUGAUGAUCGUAUUUGUUGAAAUGGUUAAACUCACCAGAUGAAGCCCUCUGCGUGAGCUGUGGCGCUGAUGUGAGUGAGCGCAGCCACCUUAAAGAAAGCAGUCCGCUGAUGUCAGCGUCAGAGACCACAGACUCCGGCACAGCGCUGCGCUGCUCAACCGUUUCAAAUCUUCAUCUGCGCUGCUGCGCUCACUUUCUUCAAUCUCAUGUCUCGCCUGCAUUCACGGGAGUAGCUUAUUUAAGCAUCUUCGACAACACAUCCAACUGAGCUGUGUCGGUCCUACCAGAGCCAAAUCCCUGCCUCGGGGAGAGAAAGGUUCACACCCUGUGUGAGGAGAUCGCUGCCGUUGCUGCUGCCGUUACUCCACAUCCAGUCAUCCCUCACCCCUCCUCCCCCUCCACCAGCGCACGGCAGCCACAGUGUGUUGGCUCAAUUCCAGGGAGGCUACGAUCCUGCAGCCACGUCAAUCACGUCUUCACCGCUGGUGUUUCCCACAGGAUUUGGAGAGACUAUGGAAGCUGCGGGGCGGCCCUCGUGGCCAGGAUGCCACUGUGUGCCUUGCCAGUCCACAGUGGAUGGUGAGGGGCAGGAGGAGGGGACUGAGUGCAGGAGACUGAGAGGAGGCGGCUCACACCAAACAGGAGACAUGAACCUCUGCUGGAACGAGAUCAAACGCAAGUCCCACAACAUCCGGGUGCGGCUAGAGGCCUUCUCAGACAACAGCGGGAAGCUGCAGCUCUCCCUGCAGGAGAUCAUAGAAUGGCUGACAGCCAAGGACGAGGAGCUGUCGGAGCAGCUGCCCAUAGGAGGAGACGUGGGGGCCGUCCAGCAUCAGAGGGAAUUCCACCAGGCAUUCAUGGAGGAUGUUAAGUCUCGCGGGCCGUUCAUCUACUCAGUCCUGGAGUCUGCCCAGGCCUUUCUGGCUCAGCACCCCUUUCAGGAGCCAGAAGAGACCCUGACCGAUGGAAAAGAGGUGUCUCCACGUCGGCGGAUCUUAAAUGUGAGCCGCUCUGUGUGGAAGCAGGCAAACGUGGCCAGUGACCUGUGGGAAAAGCUGACGGCGCGCUGUGUAGACCGCCAUAGACACAUGGAGAGGACAUUAGAGCGUCUACUCCAGAUCCAGGCAGCGAUGGAGGAGCUGGCCGUGGCCCUGGAGCAGGCAGAGGGGGUGAGAGACGCCUGGGAGCCUGUCGGAGACCUCUUCAUCGACUCUCUGCAGGACCACAUAGACGCUACCAAGUUAUUUAAGGAGGAGCUGACCCAGGUGAAGGAGGGCAUGAAGCACAUCAAUGAUCUGGCCCACCAGCUGGCUAUCUCUGAUGUCCAUUUGUCGAUGGAGAAUGCCCGCGCCCUGGAGCAUCUCAACAGCAGAUGGAAAGUGCUGCAGGGUUCCAUAGAGGAGCGGCUGAAGCAGCUUCAGGAUGCACAUAGAGACUUUGGCCCCGGAUCGCAGCACUUCCUCUCCAGUUCAGUGCAGAUACCAUGGGAGCGUGCCAUCUCUCCGAACAAAGUGCCCUACUACAUCAACCAUCAGGCCCAGACAACGUGCUGGGACCAUCCAAAGAUGACAGAACUAUACCAAGCGUUGGCGGAUCUGAACAACAUCAAGUUCUCAGCAUACAGAACAGCCAUGAAGCUGCGACGAGUUCAGAAGGCUCUGAGAUUGGAUUUAGUGGCACUGAGCAGCCUUGUGGAGGUGUUUCGGGAGCAGGAGCUGCAGCAGGGGGAGCAUGUGAUGGACGUUGUGGAGAUGAUCCACGGCCUGACAGCACUGUACGAGAGGCUGGAGGAGGAGAGGUCCAUCCUGGUCAACAUUCCACUUUGUGUUGACAUGUGUCUCAACUGGCUACUAAACGUCUAUGACAGUGCUCGGAACGGCAAAAUGCGAGUUCUCAGCUUCAAGACGGGAUUGGUGAGCUUGUGCAAUGCAGACGUCCAAGAGAAGUACAAAUACUUAUUCCGUCAGGUGUCUGGUCCUGGAGGUUUGACAGACCAGCGUCACCUCAGCCUGCUGCUCCAUGAAGCCAUCCAGAUCCCCCGCCAGUUGGGUGAAGUCGCUGCUUUCGGGGGCAGUAAUGUGGAGCCCAGUGUCCGUAGCUGCUUCCGCAUGGCCCCAGGGAAACCUGCCAUUGAGGUGUCUCACUUCCUGGAGUGGAUGAGCCUAGAGCCCCAGUCGAUGGUUUGGCUGCCUGUCCUUCACCGUGUGACUGCGGCAGAGUCGACCAAACACCAGGCCAAAUGCUACGUCUGCAAACAGUGUCCCAUUAAGGGCUUCAGGUAUCGCAGUCUGAAACAGUUCAAUGUGGACAUCUGCCAGACAUGUUUCCUAACUGGUCGCACUACCAAGGGAAAGAAGCUGCACUACCCCAUCAUGGAGUACUACACGCCAACAACCUCGGGAGAGAAGAUGAGGGACUUUGCCAAGACUCUGAAGAAUAAGUUCAGGUCAAAGCAGUACUUCACCAAGCACCCUCAGAGAGGUUACCUGCCAGUGCAAUCAGUGCUGGAAGCUGAGAGCUCGGAGACACCGUGCUCCUCGCCCAAGCUGCCCCAUGCAGACACACACAGCAGGAUUGAACAUUAUGCCAGCAGGUUGGCAGAAAUGGAGAGCCAGAAUUGUUCAUUCUUCACGGAUAGCCUGUCUCCUGAUGAAAGUCUGGAUGAAGAUCAGUACCUCCUGCGUCACUCCAGCCCAGCCCUGGACCAUGACUCACCCUGCGGACAGCACAUGCUACUGGCCCACCUGGAGCACCAGGACAAGGAGCAGCUCCAAUGCACCCUGGCUCGCCUGGAGAACGAGAACAGGGUGCUGCAGGGCGAGUACAGGAGGCUCAAGUGGAAGCACGAGGAGGCGGCGUCAGUUCCCAUGCUGACUGAGGCUGGAGAGGGCGGUCCAGGUUCACCCACGGCGGAAGGGCAGCAGGAUGAGGAGCUCCUGGCCGAGGCACGGGUGCUCCGGCAACACAAGACCCGCCUGGAGACCCGUAUGCAGAUCCUGGAGGACCACAACAAACAGCUGGAGUCCCAGCUGCGCAGGCUCAGGGAGCUACUGCUACAGCCCAAAGAUGAUUCGGAGGCCAACGGAUCAGAACCGUCAACCCUGUCUUCUCCUGUGUCUGGGGGGGGUCACCACGGGGAGCCGGCCAGCAGAGAGACCACUGACACUGAAGCAGCAGGAGAUGAUAUGGAGCACGAACAGGAUACGGUGCUGCAGCUCCAGGAGGUCAUCGAGCAGCUGAGAAACGUCUUCCCGUCAGAACCUGGCACCACCUCACACAUCUAACCCCGAGUGGGCCUGGAGGAGCUGAGUAAAAGCCUGAAAGGACGCCUGAUGGCAGAGGGAGGAGCUCCAUACGGCUGAGGUCAGGCCACAAUACACCAGGCUGUGUGACCACUACAGCAGCUAUGAUACCCAGAGCUAAUCCUCCACUGGAACUCUGUGCACUAAAAGCCUUUUUCAUGCAAACUAAAGGCUCACGCUGAUGUCCGUUUGGCCGGGCUGCGCUUCGUAACUUCAGUGGCACAGCCUGACACCAUGUUAACGAGCCAAAGGAAACUAAUGUUAGCAGCAGGUCAGGGAGAGACUAAAGUAAAGGAAGAUGCCCAACCAAGACACUGUGCUUACCAGUAUCUGUGUAGUUGAUUGGAGGUGUGAAGCUUUAUAUCAGUCCACAGCACAAAUCGGACCCUCCAUGAAAAGAACUUUUAAAAAAUGCAAAAAGGAACAAGAAGAAUAUCCCCUUGUUUUGUCAGGAUGCCUGUAUCUUCAGUGUUUGUGUUUCUUUUCUCUCCUUGAAUGUGUUAUCAUGGUUGUUAUUUUUGAAGGGAGGUGGUCCGUUAAAGCUUGCUAGUGUCAACUAGAUCAGCAUUUCAUGUGGCUGUGUGGUGCAGAUUGUCAUGGAGUUGACAGCACCCACAACGAGCUUAUUUACUUUGUGAGAAUGACACAUCAUCAUUUAAAUCCAUGAUUUAUUUAAGACAGCCAAAGUGCCCGCUAGCACAGCGCCUCUGUAUGCACACACUGUGUUCUUCUAAUCCUCUCAAACUGCUUGUCGCUCUCAUUGCUCACCUCCCCUAUGUGAGCCCUUUAUGCUCAUACAGAAACACUUGCACUCACCGUACGUGUGCAAACACGUAUGCUGCUAAAUCCAUAGUCCCUUUCUACAGUACAGACUACAUGCACUCCCAAAAAAAUGGAGAUCCAUUUUAUCUUUGUCUUGCGGGAUUCAGACAAACUCUCAGUUUUGAGCCAAUUUAUAUCGUGACGGAAAUUGUUUUUUGUUGAGGAAAUCUUGGUGUGUGCAGAGAAAAAGAAGGAUGAAGCUCAAGGCGAUAGUGCUGCCAGGCUGAUGCUCUUGCUCUCUGCUAGACCAAUUCCAGACACUACAGGGGGGACAAGGCAAGCCACCAUAACGCGGUCCUACACUGAUUUCAUCCUUAAUAAUCCCUCCUAUCCAUGUAGAUUUUAAAAGAACAGUAGCUAUUGACUCUGCAUGCCUCAUUUUCUCUUGCUAAUGCGUACUUAAUUGCUUUUAGAUUUACAAAAAGACGAGUGGUUGAAACGACUUUGCCCUCAUCGUGUCAGGGUCAGAGGGUGUGUUCUAGUCUAAACAUAGCACAGUCAAUUAAUGCCUUGAAGCCAAAAUGAAUCCAUAGGAAACAAGAGUUAGUUUCUGGACUUUUUUCCCCCUCCAUCAUGUUUUACAUUCAGGUAAGGAGGCUGCAUCAGGCAGGCAUUUGUGUGUCCCUGGACAGGUCGGUGGCUAAUUUGGAGUAACAGGAAAAACAGAAAUGUGUAUCUGAGAGACAAGAGAGGAAAGGUGGAGAAAAAAAACAAUCCAUUCAUUGCUUAAGGGCUGGUGGGAGAGAGCCACUUUGAUGUGCCUGCCACAGCAAAAUCUCCAGAAGCAAGACAAGAGAUUGCCUGAAACAAGUAAGCUGUGAGUGUUUCUUGGCAAUCAUAUCGCCUCAUUCCCACGAAAAACACAGAGAUAUACACAGUUAGGGUUUCAUCUUCAUCCUUAACACGACACUGACCUCACAUACAUGAGUUUGAAACCCAUGUGCUGCAUACAUUACGGGCUACCCCGCCAGGCACAUAGUGCUCACAUUUUGACACCAUCCUCCUCAGCACCCGAUGCCUGUUAGUUUUGAUACUGUUGCUAGGGAACUGUCCCCAAGGACGCAGUACCACGGGUUUGUGAGUUCAUUGAGUCCACAUGUUGAUGUGCUGUUCAUAAUACAAAUGCUAAUAGCCUUAAGGGAAGCAAGAGAGAGCGCCACUGCCCUCUUCUUCACUUCACCUGCCACUGUGUAGCUGCUGAGGAUAAUCACUAUCAUCUGUUGAAUCCAUCUCCACACCGGCAUCGCUUAAGAACUUGUUUUGGCAAAGCUCUCACAAAUCAGAAGAAAGAGCAGCCGCUCGGCUCGUGGGUGGAGGGGGGAAAAAAGCCAUGACAAGCAAUGUUUAUUCAUAGACAUUUAUUUAUUAGUAUUCACACAUCUCAUUACAAAUUGAUGAUCACCCGGCAGCCUCACACAGUUAUCGCCAUAGUUUUGUAUGUGGGUACACAAAAAUGAUAUAACAGUGGCAGUGUGAAAAAAAAAGACAAGAAGAGGAGACAUUCCCCGUAGGGUUGCAUUUUAGAGUUUAUUUUAAGCCAAUAUAGAGGAGGAAGGUUGAAAUAAAUACAAUAGUCGGUUAAAUUACUAUACACAGUUUGUCCCCACAUUUCACUCUCCUUCUGUUUGAUACCAGCGCCCACAUUGACUUUGAUGGUCAUCCAGCUGCAGGGGAGUCCCACAGAGUCUCAUCUCUUGACUAUGUGAUCAUCUGAGGUCUGACCCAUUCAAAUUUCUAUACUGGUGGUAGCUCCCUGUACACAUUAAAACAUACCCUGCUCCCUGUGGCGUGACUGAAGCUGUGUGAUUGAAGAAGAAAAAAAGAAGGCUCUUCACAAAGGCGAGAGUCACCCCCGAGGACACUGCUAUCACUCCCCAGACUUCUCUUACCGCAUGUAGCCAGCCAAAAUACAAACAGCUCCGAUCAUUACUCUCCUGUCCUUUGCGUCACACCCUCCUUGUUUGCUAUCAUGCACCUAAGCUUGUAAUAAGGACAUGUGCGUUUUGUAUGUCACGUCAGGACUAUGAUUCACCUAACCUCAAACAAAGUGUUGAUAACACUAACACAUAGACACACACUCAUACCUUACUGGUGAACUGAGGUUUCUUUUUCUUUGUAUCACCAUUAAUAUACCUCAUUAAUCGUUCAAAUGUUUUUCGUUUAAUGGUUUUGAUUUGAUGUUAUCGUCCAACACUCAAACACUUCUUGCUGUCUUUUCUCUGGAGUUUUUAAUCUGUAUAAAAAGUUUUCUGAAGAAAGGCUUUUUACUGUAAUAACAAGUGGGUUACUGGCUGCUUUCUACUCUUUGUGUACAGAAAUAAAAACUUUGUAUUUGGCAAA